AUGCAGAAGCUCAGAAACGUUGUUCGAGACUGCAAUUUUAAAGCAGUCAGUGGAAAACAAAACGAGGAGGACGCCAUACGUGACGCGUUUAUCAGCGGGCAAAUAUCAAACCCUAUUCGUCAGCGGCUUCUUGAAAAGAAAACACUCGAUGUGAGUACCGCUUAUGACCAGGCCAAAGCUCUCGAUCUAGCUCAACAGCAGUCUCAAACAUUCGCCACUCUUUCAAUCUACGCUGCCGCUGCAAGGAACCUGGAUCAGACACCUAAGACGCCGUUGGCUGCGUCUCGAACAAGCUGCUUCUUUUGUGGUUAUGAUCGACAUCCUCGUCACAAGUGUCCUGCGAAAGAUGCAACUUGCAAGUCACGUGGCAAACGCGGACAUUUCGAGAAAGUUUGCCGGGCUCCUGCCAACUCAAAGCAUACCGCAGCUACUUCACCGUUCCUCGUCUCCUCCAUCAGUGCAGCCGCAGCCCCUGCGAGCCUUAAUAAGGCUGUAACUGAUGUAACAGUCAACGGAUUGGCAUUGAAAGCUCUGGUAGACACAGGAAGCUCAGAAAGUUACGUAUCUGAGGAGAUCGUUAUCCGGAACAAAUGGUCGACAUUGACAUUUAAUAGUGAUCGCGGUGGACAUUGGGAAGAGUGGUCUGGCCUGAUGGUACCAAAUCGUGACGCUCUGGUUGCUCUGGAUUUCGCAAACGUUCCAACCAACGCAAGGAGUGUAAAUAUGGACACGCAAGAGGCCAAAUUGGAAAAUGCACUACAGUCCACGAACACAGUGCUACGAUUACACAAUCUAUUCAUCACACCUUGGGAAUCGGAUUGCCAGUUUGAGAUACCAGUGACUGGUAAUUUGGCACUGCUUGGGGGAUUAAUAAAUGAAACUAAGGAAGCUAUAACUUUAACAGGUGGUCUGACACCUCGAAUACCUUUGCGACGUGAUCAACAAUACGAACUAGAUUUUCGAAUGGUUACCAAUUCCCAAUCUCCGAACGCGCAACUUUGCGUGCGAAUUUUCAACACCACAAUCAGUAAUGGUCAGCUGGAUAAAUCCACACCGGAAUAUCAACGUCUUUCAAUCUCCGUUCCGUUCGCCCAGGAGCGACAGAUGAAUUUUGGAGUACAAAGUACUGGUCUGGAACGGAAAUUUCUUUCGGUGCUAAACGGUCUGCUUCACCCGUUUCAUGGGAUAUCUGGCGAUAUUGAUCGAUAG